UGACAGGGGGGCAGGUUCAGCAGAGUCACGCCUUCCUGCUCAGAUCAAAUCAGUUCAACACUCCGAUCUGGAGACACAGUUGGAAGAAUCUCACCAUGAAGCUGCUUGUUUGUUACGUCGUGCUGAUGACUGUAAUGAUUACAGGAGGCAACGCACAGUUGGAUGUUUGUGGCAACGCACCGCUCAACACAAAGAUCGUAGGAGGUGAAGAUGCUGCUGCGGGGGCCUGGCCCUGGCAGGCCAGUCUGCACAGUAACGGCAGACAUUUCUGUGGGGGAUCUCUGAUCAACAACCAGUGGAUCCUGACUGCAGCUCACUGUUUCCCCAGCACCAGCACAUUAGGUUUGCAGGUUUAUCUCGGACGUGAGAACCAACAAAGCCUGAAUCCAAACGAGGUGUCUCGGACAGUGUCCCAGGUCAUCACGCAUCCAAACUAUGAUAGCAACACAAAUGACAACGACAUCGCCUUGUUGCGGCUGUCCUCAACUGUUGACUUCACCAACUACAUCAGACCUGUGUGUCUGGCGGCGGCGGGCAGCGUCUUCGGGGCCGGAACCACUUGCUGGGUCACUGGAUGGGGGGACAUCCGGACUGAUGUUUCCCUUCCUUCCCCACAGACGCUGCAGGAGGUGAAUGUUCCCGUCGUGUCUAACAGCCGGUGUACCGAAUCCUACAGUAUUCUCACAAACAACAUGAUCUGUGCUGGUUUAACAGAAGGAGGAAAGGACUCUUGCCAGGGGGAUUCAGGCGGCCCGAUGGUGAGCAAAGACGGCUCUAGGUGGGUCCAGGCCGGAGUGGUGAGUUUUGGAAACGGCUGUGCUGUGCCCAAUUUCCCCGGAGUCUACGCCAGAGUGUCCGAGUACCAGACCUGGAUUAACAGCCAAAUCACCAGCAACCAGCCGGGCUUCGUCACCUUCCAGAGCUCCUCCACCUCCACCGAUGCUUCAUCCACUGGAAACGUUCCCUUUAUGUCCCUCUCCUUUCCUCUGCUGCUGUCCAUUUUACCUGUCCUCUUUUCUCUCUUUGUGCUCUCAUAAUGACGCCUGCAGGGUUUGUUUAGCCACUGUAAAAACCCUCCAGCUGAAGUCUUUUGGCCUCAUAUUUAUCCUUAAAUCCUGCCUAGUUUCCUGUGUUUAAGGAAUUUUACAGAAAUAAAUCAACAACAGAGAAAAGGGGACUAGUAACAAAAAAUGGGACUUGAUUACAACAUUUUCUUUUUUGCAGAAUUUCCACUUUAGUCCAUCUUGUAGUGAGUUUAAUAUAUGGG